AACACUCAACCAGUCAGUCAGCAUUUUUUGCGCUCUGGUGGAAUAGGGACAGACGCAUUCAAACAGGAAAGUGUGUAAGGUAGCCUAGCCUACUAGGUAAGGGUCAAUCAGCUGUGUAUCGGUGUAGAGGCAGAGUUAAUCACGCCAGGUCUAACAAGAAAAGGCUACAGUACGGUACGUGCAUCAAUCUAAAAAGAGAAGAAAUACAAGACCUUAAAUUUGCGGACAUCACAAUCAAAGGAAACAAACGCGUUUGAAACAAAAGGCAUGCUGAAGUCCGUUUCACAAAGUACACCCACCAACCAGUAUGAGCAUGUGGGCACAGGUGUCCAGGACUCCCCUUUUGGCUCAACCACUGGAAACCCCUUCACUGCAGCCAUGAAUAAUCUGUCAAGUGUGAACACAGAUAUGUUCCAGAGAGAGCCCUUCAAUCAGAACACGGAUAUCUUCCAGUCCAGUACAGACAUCUUCACAACUCCCUCAUCCAAUUGGGAUACAGAUGUCUUCCGGCCCCCAUCACCCUUUGGGAACACAGACAUUUUCCAGACAGCCUCAUCCAAUGGAAAUAUAUCGGCUCUCUCCUCAUCACCACCCACCAGUCCUCAUGUUAACCUCUUCCCACCACUCUCAUACAAUGUGGGGGGAACUGACACAGCUAUGAAGCCCUCCAAACCACCAUUUGAGAUUUACCAAAGUCCACCAUCCACACAAGAAGUGGACAUCUUCAAGAAGCCAAAACCAGAAGUCCCUCAGAGACCAAAAACUCUUAAAAUUCAUCUUAGAAACGCCACCUCUUUCAGCCAAAGGACACCAUCCCCUUUGUCUUCCACGUCUGCAGAUCAGAAGGCCUCACCUGCGUCAGACAUCAGCUGGCAAAAUGUGCUCCAAGCCACCCCUACUGGAACAUCAGACGAGUACCAGGCAGCGCUCUCAGCUAGAGAUGACCUAUUUAGCUCCUUCCUAAACAACCCCCAUGACCUCUCCUCGGCUACUUCCUCCUCUGUGACCUCUGACCUCUUCAAGACUCCGUCCACCAGUUUUGCCGGUCAGUCGACACCCUUUUCUCAGGCCCACUCCUCGGUCCAGUCCUCGCCCACAUCUGGCAACCCCUUUUAUCCCCUCCCCAACUGGAGAGCUGUCACUGGGAUGGCGGAGGCUGCUGAGGGAACGGUGUCCGCAGACCGAAAAUUGAACCUCCUUCUCAUGACCUCAGAGGGCACUGAACACAACGUCCUUCAAAACACUCCCUCGGAUGUGACAAACAAGGCAUUUUCCUCCUCUCCCUUUCAAGAAACUGAAGCAUCCACAAGCACGCCGUCUGAGUUCUCCAGGCCCAAGCCUUUACCAAGAGUUCCUCCUAGAGCACAUCCAAGAACCAGGGUCCCCAUUAACAACGUAAAUCAGGAAACUGCCUCACCGGUGGAAGAGGAAUCCUCAGAUGUGAACAUUGUGUUCACAGGCGAGGAGAGGUGUGUAGAGGACUGGCCUGAGGACAGCCCACAACUCUCCUCCAACUGGAAACCAUCUGGCACACUAAGACUGAGGAGGGAGUCCAUCGUGGAAAAAGAGAAUGAAAGCAAUGGAGGAGAUAAAAGUGGGAAGAAAUCCUUGAGAAAGUUGGCAUUGUCGAUUUCAACUCGAAGACGAUCAAAAGAUAAACUGCUAGAUGAUGUAAAACAUGGAGACAGUCACAUGUCUCACCAGCGAUCUGAGCUGCAGUCAGAUACCGGUUCCUCUAUUCAGGAGGGGCCCCUGAUAGAUGUAUUUUCAUCAGAUAAUGGUGAACAGAGUCAGGGGGAAGAAUCAAAAUCGGCCAAGAAAUCGAAGUUUAAAGGUUCUAAGGUUUUUCGUAGAAAGUCAAAGAAGUUGAUUGUUGGUCAGAACACAACUGAAAACCACUCAGCAUUAGAAUUAUAUGAGGGGCCUCUUGAAGAAAAUACAGAGAUCGCUCAAGAUGAAACAAAGGUGACACCGGACUUUCCAUCCCAGAAGAAGAAGGUUCUUAAGAAAAGACUGUCAAAUUUGAAUCGUCAUUCCAUUAAGAAACAGGGAGUUCUUCUCAAUGAAGUCCCAGCUUCGUAUCCACAUAAAUCUGCAUGGCCUCAGGAAGGAAGGUUUCAGGAAGAGCAAAAUGCCAGUGUGCCCAAAGAAAUAUUCAUGACUCACAAUAGCCAUUCAAAGGACACUGAACUUUAUACAAAUCUUAAGGACGGAAGUGAAAACAAGGAACACAACUAUUAUGGGAUGGAUUUUAAUCAUGGAAAGGACUUCUCUGAGGAGGACCACCCAAAAAGUGAUGGUUUGCAUCAUGAUGAAGAUGAGAAGAAGGAAGCGCAUGGCAAAAAGAAGGUAGACCAUAAGAAAUCACUCAAAAUCAUGGUUCCACAUUUGACUUGGAAAGACUAUACGAAUAAUAAUCACCCAUAUGGCGCCUCCUCAGGAUCACCUAGCAGGGACUAUUACCCGCAAGAGGGUGCAAAGGGUUUAGGAUAUGAAGCACCUGAAGCAAUGAUGAGUGAUUACUACCCAUCAGCUACAACAAAGGUAAAAGAGGAUCGAGACAUGUUCCCGACAGUAGGAGAAGAGCGACCAGAGUUCACUUCUAUGGGAAACGCUGCUUCUUUAAAGGGAGACUAUGGAGCCAUGUCUAGCCCAAGAUACAAGGAGGACUAUCCUCACCCAAGCAUUAUACAUAAAGGCUCAGACCUCUUCACAGCUGUUGACAAACAUGGUGAACACACUAAUAAAAAAGAGGAUUGUAAACCGAAAAAACCCUCAAAAUUUACUGUUAAACCUCGUCAGAAAUCAAAGGAUAACUUAUUUGAGGAAGGAACAAAGCGGAAGUCAGGACCCUCAGAAUCAGGUUAUCAACCAUCACCUCAAUUUAAGUCGGACCCGAUGGAAGACGAGUUUUUUCGAGGCGAUGCAGAUGUUUUCCAGGAGGGACGAUGCGGAAGAGAGGACAAGUGGAGGACAGGGGACUAUGAACCAGAAUUUCUAGAGGAUGACUUCUCAGAAAAGUGCACUGUUCAGGAAAUGGAGGAUGAACAAAAUGAGAAAGAACCUGGCAAAGGCAGAAAGAAGUCACGAAAGAUCUCAAUUCAACACCUGACUCAAAAAGACCAGAGGAGGAAACCCCAGCAGUAUGAAUAUGAAGAUCCCCCUGGAGCAACAAGCAGUGACUACUAUAUGUCAGAUGCAGCAAAGGCGGAUUGGACAGCAUCUCAGAUGGACGUGAGGAGAACAGGUGCAGAAGAGGAAGACGAGGAGGGACUGGAAGUGCUGCCUGAGGAAGAUGAGGGGGACACUGACAGCCUGAUGGAGUGGUGGAAUACAGUUGAAAUGUGGGAUGAAAUACCUUCAGAUGAAGAAAGCACUUUGAAGGAGGAAGAGACAAAGUCCUUCACCCAGACAGCAGACCGGGUGCACCGGGGCCUGCGCGUCUUCAAUAAGGUGUUCAUGGAGCAGGCCGAGGUGCUUUACCAGCACGUGCUCAUCCUGCACGCCAUCGCCGAUGACCUGAGCAGCUUCCACCGCCGUGCCAAGGUGGGCAGCAUCACAGGCGGCACCACCAUGGCCGUGGGCGGCGCGGCGGCCAUCGCCGGCCUGGCACUGGCACCGCUGACCUUCGGCGUAUCGCUGGUGGUGUCUGCUGUGGGCCUGGGCGUGGUGACGGCGGGCGGCAUCACCUCUGCGUCGGCGGCCCUCUCGGACAAGCUCAACGAUGUGCAAGACCGCAAGAAGAUCGAGCUGGUGGCCAACGACUACCUGACGCGGCUGAGCGAAGUCGGCCACUGCCUAGGCUACGUGCGCGAGGGCAUGCGUCGGCUAUCGUGCCACCCACUCCUGCGCCGCAACAACUACUACGCCAGCAGCGACUGGGAGGUGCGCCGCGCGCUCCAGAUGGUAAGCCUGGUGCGCGAGCCUGCUGACCGGGCCGCUGAUGUGGCCGGGCGCGGUACCGCCGCCCUCUCGAGCCUCUUUAAGCACAUGGACCGCUUCUUCGUGGACCGCGGCGGCAAGCAGGAGCUGCGCAAGGCCUGCAAGAAAGAGGCUACGGGGCAGGUGCACUCGGUGGCCACCGUUCUGCAGGAGGGGCUGGUGGAGCUCAACUCCAUCCGGGAACAGAUGCUGGAUGCCUAUGGCAACAUCUGAAAAGACUACACAUCCCACAAUCCCACUGUGGAAGUAUGUAGUUGUUCCAACAACAAAAAAAAUAUAUAUUGCAAAAUGUUCUUGGGACACAGAAUGUUGAUAUGAAUAUAAUGUAUUGAAUUGUCUGGCAGUGUCAUGUUAAUGAAUAACAGGUCCCAUAAUUACUUUAAGUAAGCUAUGAUCUGUAGACCUAGAAGAAGAAUUGUAAGGGAGAGUGAUUGAACAAUAUAACAAGUUACAACCAAAGAAUAUACAAGGAUUCACAUUCAGAAAAAAAAAAACUCUUGGGAAGUUUUUGGUGAUAUUUUAAAACCUUUCUUUUGUUAAUUCAUUAGCUUAUCU